AGUCACAUCACUGCACCUGUCCCCACCUGCCGAACAAACGCUCCACCUGCCUAUUCCACCGGAGGCCCAGUUAUGCCAGGAAUCCCCUCUCUUAACUCCGACGCAGCCAGUCAACGCUAAAACCCGGAGAGGCCGGACCGCAGUGACAUCGCCCUCCCGAGCCAAGCGACACGACAGGGACAGAGGAAUCCAUGUUACAGCCACAGCCAUGAAGUCAGAAGAGGACGAGUACAACUUUGUGUUCAAAGUGGUUUUGAUUGGCGAGUCCGGAGUGGGCAAAACCAACCUCCUCUCCCGCUUCACCCGCAAUGAGUUCAACCAUGACAGCCGCACCACCAUCGGGGUGGAGUUCUCGACGCGCACGCUGACGUUGGAUGGGCAAUUGGUGAAGGCGCAGAUCUGGGACACGGCCGGACUGGAGCGAUAUCGCGCGAUCACAUCUGCUUACUACAGGGGCGCCGUCGGAGCGCUUUUGGUGUACGACAUCACCAAGCACCAGUCCUACGACAGCAUAGAGCGCUGGUUGAAGGAGCUGUAUGACCAUGCGGAUGCCAGUAUCAUCGUCAUGUUGGUGGGCAACAAGAGCGACCUGGCAGAUGAAACUCGCGAAGUGCCCUUCGAGGAAGCCAAGAUGUAUGCAGACAGCAACGGACUCUUGUUCAUAGAGACCUCGGCGCUUGAUUCGACCAAUGUGGAGCUGGCUUUCGAAACAAUCCUCAGAGACAUCCAUAAGAGGAUCCUGAGGAACAAAGGUGAAACCCCGAAAGAGAACACGGUUGUCUUGUCCAACCAACCCACCACCGCCCAAUCUGAAGGCCAAACAGCCGAAGACAAGAAAUCCUGCUGCCGAAACGUCUGAUUCCAGAAUCUACGUUCCUUCGAGAUGUGUUUGGAUUUCGGGAUGAAUUUAAGAGCCAACCAAAGACCACCAAACCGAAGAGCACCAACCAAAGAGCACCAACCGAAGAGCACCAACCGAAGAGCACCAACCGAAGAGCACCAACAUUCCACCAACAGCCAUUGAGACAGUUCAUGGUCUAGAAGAACAUUCCUGCGCGUGUGCCACCAACCUGCCAAUGUUAAUAUCACGUAGGCUGGUCUUGUGUUAUAGAUUUUUAUGCUUAUGAGGGAUGCUUCACGUAAAAACCACCUUCAAGUUGAUGAUCUCUUCAACCAACCACGACCAGCGAAGUUUGCCGAGCAGGAAUUUUGGCAACGUUCUCCGACAUCCCUAGAAGUAUUGUAGGGCUCAGAUUUCCAACACCGUUCCCUGAGAGACCACAGCCUCUAUGACGUCCUCCUUCCUAAAAUUUGGUGUUGGUGGUCAUGCGAUUCACUGGCAUUUAAAGGACUGAUGAGCAUAAAUAGCUACACCAAGUGAAAAGUCUACGAGAAAUGUCGAAAAUUUGUAUUUAAAAAGUGAAAAUUCAAUGAAAAAAAAUCAGUAAUUUGUAUUUAAAGAUUCACGUGUGUCUACAUAAGAAUUUAGACAUCUGUUGGCUUAUUAUUUUGUUAUUUGUCAUUAAAGUAUAGCUGAAGGCAA